AUGGCAGUGUGGUCUGCGGUUUCAGCAAGGAUGCGUGGUGGCAUCACCCGGAUCAGCAAAACGGUGCUGUACCGGUUCUUGGGCAUUCCCCGCUUUGUGGGUGGUUUGCCCAAGGAGGUUCAAUGGAAGCUUGUCACCUGCAGCGUGGUGCGCACCCCCCGGGAUGCCUACCAGGAAUAUCUCCCUGAUGGGUUCUCGAUGACGUGGCACUGCAACGAGAUGGGAGUGCCGUUCAGCACGUGGCAGUUUGAGAUUUUCAUCGCGGCUGCCUACUGGCGGAACCUUGAGCGGAAGAACCUCAUACUUCACCCCUACAACGUGGCGUUCGCACUGUACGGGGCUGAAUACCCCGUUGUGCACCAUGAUCAGUACCGCACCGGGCUCCCGACCAAGGACACGCCCAACAUCCACAACACCGAUCGGAUGCGGGCCAUCGUGUGCAACUGGAUGCGGUUCACCAUUCUCAAGUGGCGUACCACUAGGGGUGGUCCUCGCUGGAUUCCAAGUGCCAAGGCGUGGCAGUUCAGUGAGGGUACGCAUUACAACGUGCUCAUCCGCUUCCCAAGCCCGGAGGAGUUGGCGGAGAUGCCGGAGGAAAUUGUGGGGGGUGAGGCUUAUGACGGCGACGAUGACCAGGAGGCUUCCGCGCAGGCGGCUGCAACCUUGGAGGGGUGA